UUGCCGUCAGGAUUGGCUUGGGUAUCCUGUACAACUUAUAACGAAGCACUACUAAUAUCAGGUGUGUGUUGUUGCGCCUCAGCAUGGCUGUGGUCAUCCGCUUGCAGGGUCUCCCAAUUGUGGCGGGGACCAUGGAUAUACGCCAUUUCUUCUCUGGAUUGACCAUCCCGGAUGGUGGUGUACAUAUUGUAGGGGGUGAACAUGGUGAGGCUUUUAUCGUUUUCGCCACAGAUGAAGACGCAAGGCUUGGAAUGAUGCGAACAGGGGGGACAAUCAAGGGUUCUAAAGUGUCACUGUUACUAAGCAGCAAAACAGAAAUGCAAAAUAUGAUAGAGCUUAGUCGUAGGCGUUUUGAAACUGGCAGUGUUGAGGGAACUGCAGGAAACGGUAAUAGGUCAGGGCCACCUGUCAGCUCUGGAGGAAGUGGAAGGGGUAAUUUGCCAACCACUGCACAAGGUUUUAGUAAUACCACCCAAACCACUGCUACCACAUCCUCUGCUGCACACGAGCCUGUAAGCAACAAAAACGCCCAGACUUUUGCUACUACUAGCAUGGCAAACAUGCCCCCCAAUUUCAGCAAUAACUUUAGCAGCCCAAGUCUUAGCAUGGGCUCCACCAUGACGACUGCCAUGUCCUCGUUGAACUCUGUACCUCCUCCCAUACCUGCCUUGCCCACCAUGCCAACCUUACCACCCAUGCCACCCAUGCCAGUUCCACCACCGGUGUCCACUUUACCCCCAGUGCCAGCAGUUAACCCAUUAACCUCUGUGCCCCCUGUCCCUCCCAUGACACACAUGCCCCACCUCUCCGCUCUGCCUCCCUUUAAUCCAGGGGUUCCUCCUCCAGUCGGACCGGUGACUGGUGGACUGGCUGCUUCAGGGCCACCCUUGUCACUUGGAAGCCCCAACCAUAUGUUUCUUAAUCCUUUGAACCCGCUUGGUCCCUUAAAUAUCCAAGCUCACUUGAAACCAGCAGUGACAAACCCAGAUGAGUUGUUUAUCAGUCUUCAGGGCCUACCUUUUUCAGCAGCUGAGAUGGAAAUCAGAGAAUUUUUCCAUGGAUUGGGCAUAGAUUCGGUUAGAUUAAUUAGAGACAACCUUGGCAGGAGUAGUGGCAGGGCCUUGGUGAAAUUUUUUGCACCGCAAGACACUUUUGAAGCACUCAAAAGAAACACUGGAAUGAUUGGCCAGAGGUAUGUUGAGAUAUCUCCAGCCACAGAGAGACAGUGGAGAGAGAGUGCAAAUGGAGGGCAGAAUGUAUCCAAAACUGGCAGUGACCCAGAGCAAAACCGACAUCGGCGUGGAAGUUCCAGUUCAGCAUCUCCAUCUGGCCGGGAGCGUGCAAGGUCUCGAUCCCCUCACAAACAAGAGUUCUGUGUCUAUUUGAAAGGACUGCCUUAUGAAGCAGAAAAUAAGCAGAUAUUUGAGUUUUUCAAAAACCUGGAUAUUGUCGAAGAUAGCAUUUAUAUUGCAUAUGGACCCAAUGGCAGAGCGACAGGGGAAGGGUUUGUGGAGUUCAGAAAUGAAAUGGACUACAAGGUUGCACUUGGAUGCCACAUGCAAUAUAUGGGUAGUCGUUUCAUACAAGUCCAUCCCAUCACAAAGAAAGCUAUGUUCGAAAAGAUUGAUGUCAUUCGCAAAAGGAUGCAAGGUUCCCAAGGUGACCAGAAAAAUAGUUCAGGAGAGGGAGGAAAAAGUGUCAGAAAUUGUGCUCACAUCACAAAUAUUCCAUAUAACGUGUCAAAGAAAGAUGUACGUCUGUUUUUGGAUGGCAUUCAGUUGUUUGAGGACAGCCUUAAAGUGUUGGUUGAUGGCAAUGGUAAUGGCCUCGGUCAAGCUGUCGUGCAGUUUAAGUCAGAAGAGGACGCACUGAAAGCAGAGAGAUUGCAUAGGCAGAAAUUAAAUGGAAGGGAUGCUUUUGUCCAUUUGGUCACUUUCGAGCAAAUGAAGGAGGUUGAAAGAAAUCCACCCCCACAAGCAAAGAGAGGACAGAAGUCUCAAGGCAAUUCACAGGCACAUGCUCACGCCCAAGCACAAGCCCAAGCAUCACAUGCCUUCCCUGCAAUUACAGGAGAAGAGUUCAACUUUCUCAGAAAUGCUGUUGGAAACCUUAAUAAUGGCCCUCCAUUUGUAACGCCAUUUACUGCCCCUGGUAAUGGACUUGCAGGUCCGCCUCCCCUACCACCAAUUGGCCCGGCACUAGGAGAUGUCUCGCUGGGUGUCCCUCCACCUAUGGUUGGAGGGCACUUACCCGGUCCGGUGCUGGAGCCUCCUGGUUUCCGCCCAGGACCCGGAGGGGCUGCAGGACCACCUGGCUUUGUGGGAACACCAGAAAGUUUAAGGGGUAUGCCACCUUUUGACAAUGGAUCAUCAAGGAAGGGAGGUGGUCACAGUCGUGGGGGUGGGCAAGGCCGCACAGGUGGCUCGCAAUCAUCUUUUGGGCCUAAUGCUGACAAUCUGAGGGGUCCUGCUAGUGGAGGUCCUGGUAACCCACGUCCCACCAUUGUCAAAAUCCAAAAUAUGCCAUUUACAGUAACGGUUGAUGAAAUACUUGAUUUCUUCUAUGGAUACCAGGUAUUACCUGGCUCUGUAUGUCUGCAGUUUAGUGAGAAGGGCAUGCCCACAGGGGAGGCAAUGGUUGCAUUUGAGUCUCAUGAUGAGGCAAUGUCUGCCAUCAUGGACCUAAAUGAUCGACCAAUUGGCUCACGCAAAGUUAAAAUCACGUUGGGAUGAGUAUCAAGCCUCUUGUUUUGAUAAUAAUAGACUUUUGGACAGAACGAAACAAUUAUUUGUGUAUUUUUAGUCACACGCAGUAGGGCUGACUUAAAAAAAAAAAAAAAGAAUAUAUUG